UUCACCACCACAAAAGCAACGGGGAUAUAAUAGCCCUCACUCGUCAGUCUGCUUUUCUCACAGAAGAGAGCAGAUCACUAAUCGAAUAAGAAAGUUGGUGCGCAUCUGCUUGUACGCAAAAAAUGGAACGAGACAUCACCAGCCUCCCGACUAAAAGGGUUGCUGUGGUCACCGGCGGCAACAAAGGGAUCGGACUGGAGGUGUGCCGGCAGCUGGCUGCCGACGGCAUCACGGUGGUUCUGACGGCCAGGGACGAGACGAGGGGCGUGGAGGCCGCCGAGAAGCUCAGUGGGAUGGGCCUCUCCAGUGUCGUCUUCCAUCAGCUGGAGGUCACGGACAGUUCUAGCGUUGCUCGGUUGGCUGAUUUCUUGAAGACUCGUUUUGGCAAGCUAGAUAUACUGGUGAAUAAUGCAGCGGUUGGCGGGAUGGAGUACGUCCAAGGAGUGGAUACCAACAAGGAACAGUUCGUUAGCAUGGACAAGAAACAAAGACUUGCAUGGUUGAAUAAACAAGGCCGGGAGACGUACGACGCCGCAAAGAACGGCGUGCAGACGAACUACUACGGCACGAAGAUUGUAAUCCAAGCCUUGCUACCACUGCUCCUGCAAUCCUCCGGCGAAGGAAGAAUCGUUAACGUCUCCUCCGACUUUGGACUACUAAGAGUCGUCAACAACGAGGAUCUGAGGAAGGAGCUGGACGACGUUGAUAACCUCACCGAGGAACGGCUGGACGAGGUGCUGGACAGCUUCCUGAAAGACUUCGAGGCCGGCGCGCUGGAGGCGCACGGGUGGCCGACGGCGUUCGCGGCGUACAAGACGGCCAAGGUGGCCAUGAACGCGUACACGAGGAUCUUGGCGAGGAGGCACCCGGAGCUGCGCGUCAACUGCGCGCACCCGGGCUACGUCAAGACGGACAUGACCAUCGACUCGGGAUUCCUGACGCCCGAGGAGGGCGGGAGGAACGUCGUGACGGUGGCCCUCCUGCCGGAUGGCGGCCCGACCGGUGCGUUCUUCGCUGAGGGCAAGGAGGCGUCGUUCCUGGGAUGACGGCGGAGAGGCCAAAAAGUGAGGCCCUUUGGAGACGGAGUACAGACUACAAAAUAAUUGAGCUAUUGGCACUAAAUUAUUAUAAUAAAAAAUAAUUAGUAUCAAUAUAUUACACUGUAGCAAUGAUAGUUUUUCUGUGAUAAAUAACUAUAUUUUAUUGCAACGAUUUACAAUCGUUUUUUUAUUUAGUAUUUUUGUUGCGAUAGAAAAUGAGAUAUCGCCAAAAAAAAAUCUUAUUGUUAUAAAAAACAUGUUCUAUCGUCAUAAUUUUAAUGUUUGUGGCAA